AGAAACGGCCAUCUUCUUUCUAUUUCUUCCUACGGGAGACUUAGUAGACCACGACUCUUGAAGCUUGACAGUGCGCACUGCACAGCGAUCACCCGUUUUAAGUGUGGAUGAUCUCAUUCGAGACACUUUUAUCACAGCUGCCCCAAGAUGUAUUUACGCUGGCUGAGGGAGUGCUGGACCGUUCAGUUACAGACUUUCAGCUGCUCUGCAAUCGAAUUGCAGGUUGUUCCGAAUCUGAAUUACAGAUACUGCAGCCAGUGUUUUACGUGCACCUCAACCCAGAUCGCGUUCCUGUAAAAUCGAUUCCAGCCGCUACCACCGAUAUCGAGCUCGCCCGGUGGUCCCUCACUGGGAUUGUCACAACUUUGGGCAAUAUCGAUGUUCAUUCUGAAAAACGAUGUCUCCUUUCCGCCUGGAACUGUGUUGUUCCCUGGCUCCUUUUCUUUCAUAACCAGUUCAUUAUGUGCAGGGCCAACUAUAGACCCGUCGACAGGACGCCUGUCAUCAAGCUUGUUGCCAGCAUCCUGUUUCAUGGCUUAAUCGCUGGCCGCGACCUUGACGGGAACUCAAAACUCGCUACUACGCCCACCCUUUGCCGCCCGAUCGCAGAGCUGUGGGUGCUGGCUAUUGAAACAAAAGAUGAAGAUGUAUUGAGCGUUCAAGUGCCAUUGCGUGACCUCGGUCACAUCACUUCUCUUCGACUUGUCACCACCUUCUUGGUUGCAGAAUGCAUGCGCAACGAGUCCUUUGUGACUACACUACUGGAAGUGUCAGGUGGCAUCGGCCCCUUCACUUCUGCAGCUCUGAAGACGUCCGGGUGGAGCUGAUUCAAGUCGUGACAAUGUUUUCGACCUGUGUCAAAUUUAUCAUAGGAACGAGCAUGCACAGUGCUGCGAUACGGGAAGGAUUCAUCGUCCGACACUCCAUCAGACAUAUCUUCUCGACUCUCCGUAUUCUCCGGCCUCUUAUCCCUGGUAGAGGGAGCACGGAGCAAGCCCUCGCCUCGAGUUUCCAGUACCUCUUCUUUCUCCUUGAACGUGCCGACGGCCCUGUCUCAGUGUUCCACGAAGCUCUCCGCUCACACGCCCUUGAAAUAGUAGUCCAUAUGGCUCCCUUUGGACCCGUGAAGAUGGAAGCGAAUCUUCAUAAUAUCAGCGCGGAUUUUUUCGAGAUAUUAUACCACUAUCUUGUUCACGACAAAAUCUUGACCUAUACUUGCAAACAUAUGGAC